CAAAAAGGCAUGAUAUUGAUAGCUGGUCUUGAAAGAUUGUCUCGGCUCAAGUCCCGAACUCUGUUUCUCCUACCCAUUGCGAGCACCCUUAGGUCCCAGAGUCAUGGUCCCGGGAUAUCAAUGACCAAUCCAAGCCUUGCAUCAACUUUGCGCUGAACAAAGACACGAACAUAUCUCACAAGGAGACAACGCCCGCGGCUUUUGACUCGCGAGUAAUCUUCUGCAUCGAUUUUCUGAAGAUUACAAAUCUGUUCAACGAAGAUGAAUUCAAGUACGAUGGUUUCGGCAGAGGAGCAAACGACCAUUAACCAGCUGAAUGCUAACUGGAUCUGGAUACCUGAUUGGAUAGACAGCUCAAUCAACAACACGGCAGGACGAAUCGUAACUUUCACUCGCAAUUUCAGCCUCAACUCCUCGCCUACAGAGGUUCUUUUGCACUUCUCAGCAGAUACGCGAUAUAAGCUGCACGUCAACGGGACAAGGGUCGCCGUUGGACCAAGCAGGAGCAGUCCAUUGAUCUGGUACUAUGAUACGCUCGACAUUGCACCGUACCUCAGCGAAGGCGAUAAUGAGGUCAAAUUCACGGUUAUCCGAUAUUUCGCAUCUAGUCGAACUGCGAUGCCAUUUGAGCGAUCAUCGUUCCCAGGUUUGACUGUGGUUGGUGAUAUCGUCUCAGGCGCAACGACUGUGGAUCUAUGCUCGAGUAAAGAUUGGAUAGCUCAGGUCGAUGGUAGUAUACGUUUCCCUAUAGGGUUGGUCGAUGAUGGAUUCUUGCAUAUCGUUGAGCGAGUUGCUCCCACGCCUCCAAGUUCGCUACUCGUGCCGAAGCAAUAUAAAAUGAGAACAGCAAACGGUGAACUUCUGCCUUGGCGACUAAGACCACGUCCAACUCCUAUGCCAGAGGAAAGUCGCGCAACAGUAAACGUUGUUCGGAAAUGCCAAAGCACCGUCUCCAUGGAGGAUUGGACAACUUACCUAUCCCAAGCUAGUUCUCUACACCUUCCAAGCAACUCUUCCCACAUUCUUGAAUUACAAGCAGAUAAUCACUCAACCGCUUUUGUGAAAUGGACUUUCAAGGCUGCCAAGCAAUCUCAAAUCCAUCUCAAAGUCACAUACUCAGAAGGGUACGAACUUGAACCUCGCUCGUAUCCCUUCUUCCGUCGAAAGGCGGAUCGCUUGGAUGCCGAGAAUGGUCACUUGCUAGGUCCUUUCGACGAGGUCACGUUGGAUAUCCCGGAGAAUCAACUGGUCAGCUAUGAGCCGUUUUGGUUUCGUACAUUUCGUAUCUUACGGCUCGAAAUAACUAUAGGCUCUGCGCCGGUCGAGCUUCUGUCCUUUGAGGCAAAGCAGAUUAAUUACCCUCUUGCGAUCAAAGGUAGCUGGAAGGAACCGGGUGAUGAACACAGUGAGAAGAUAUGGGAUGUUUCGAUCAGAACAAUGCGGAAUUGCAUGUUUGAUGGGUACUCUGAUUGUCCUUUCUAUGAACAAUUGCAGUAUUCUGGCGAUACUCGAUCAGUUGCCUUAUUUCACUACCUUCUCAGUGGCGAUGAUAGGCUAAUGCGUCAGGCCAUUUCUAAUUUUGCUGCCUCGCUCACGUUUGAAGGUCUCACACAAUCACGAUUCCCUUCACACGUUCCUCAAGUCAUUGCUGGCUUCUCCUUGUAUUGGAUUCUUCAAGUCUGUGAUCAUCACCUGUUCUUCGGAGACAAGGUGUUCUCGAAGUCCUUCCUCCCUCGAAUUGACGGCGUGUUAGAUUUCUUCGAUUCGCAUGUUGAUGAACUGGGGCUCAUCAGCGGUCUACCUAAAGAUGUAUGGCAAUAUGUAGAUUGGGUCACAACAUGGGGCGCAACAGACGACCACCCUGACAAAGGAGUACCUACCUCGGGCAGGAAAUCCAACCGACACACAUACUUCAGCAUGCUCUACGCCUACGUCCUACAACAAGCAUCCAUUCUACUCCGCCAAGUCGGCCGACCCGCUCACUCAACCGAAUACGAAUCUCGAGCCGAUGCCCUCCUAGCCGCAAUCCGAAAACACUGCUACGACGGCCACUUCUUCACAGACUCCACCGCCAACAUCGCAGAUAACCUCGCCUACUCCCAACACUGCCAAGUCUUCGGCAUCCUCUCCGGCGCCGCGCACCCACAAGACCGCGCUCGUCUGAUGACGGAAUCAUUCGCGGACCCCCGCUUCUCGAAAUGCUCCUACAUGAUGAAAUUCUAUGCCUUUCGCGCCUUCGCACUAGCAGGCGACGACGUCUACGAGUCCUUGUGGCAGAAGAUGUGGGAGCCGUAUAGACGGAUGUUGGCUAAUAAUUUGACGACGUGGGAGGAGGAUGAUGUGAGGCAACGAUCGGACUGUCAUGCCUGGGGGAGCGUGCCGAUUUAUGAGUUUUGUACGGAGUUGGCGGGAUUAAGGCCGCUCGAGCCGGGGGCGGAGAAGGUGCUGUUUAAGCCGAGGCUGGGGUUGAGUGGGGAGGUGGAGGCGAAGGUUGCCCUUGGAGGAGAUAAUGUUGCGGUGGUUAAGUGGGGGAGUGUGGAUAGUGGGAGGAAGAGGGUGGAGGUGAGGUUUGAGAAGAAGGUUGAGGUUGUAAGUCGUUUGCCGGGUGGGGAGGAGGUUGAGCAUGGGUUGGUGGACCAAGUUAGUUUGGUGUAUGAUCCUUGA